AUGUCAUUCGAUGCCUCCGCCUCAUUAACGAUCUCCGAUCCAAACGCGCGCGCCCUCAGCUCCUCAUGUUUCGACUUCCUCCUUAUAGAAUUGGUCCCCAUGGCCGAGCGCCUGGCAAAGCAGUUGUCAACGUCAACAGAAGAGACCGAACCCGAAGAUGAAGAGGUUAGAGAAUCAACUUACUUUCGCCUGGACUCUUUGGGAUAUCGUGUUGGUCAGGGAUUGGCGGAGAGGUAUGUGACAGUUCUGCUGCGCGCGAACUGGGCCUGA